AUGAGGCUUGGAGUCGCUCUCCAGGUGGUCCUCUGUGGCCUGUGUCUAACUCUGGCGCUCCUUGGGGAAGGCAUGGCUAGUCCUGGCCCACCAGCUGUGGACUGUGCAUGGAGCCGCUGGUCAGAGUGGAGUUCUUGUGAUCCCUGCACGAAAACCCGAAGGCGUUCUCGAAGUGUAGAAACAUUUGGCCAGUUUGAGGGUAGAUCCUGCCAGGAUGCAAUAGGAGACAGGCAGUUCUGUGAAACUGAUGAUGUAUGCGAGUUGCCACCUCCCCCUCAAUGCUCAGACUCUGAGUUCCAGUGCGAGUCAGGGUCUUGCAUUAAAAAGAGGUUAAUGUGCAACGGGGACUAUGACUGUGAGGACGGAUCCGAUGAGGACUGUGAAGCAGGGCGUAAACCCUGUGGUGCAGCAGCCCUUGAUAGCAAUGAGCAAGGCAGAACAGCAGGAUACGGAAUCAACAUCUUGGGUUCAGAUCCUCGAAUGAACCCCUUCAACAAUGAUUACUUCAAUGGGAGAUGUGAUCGAGUGAGGAAUCCAAACAUCGGGACGUAUGACAGGCUGCCCUGGAACAUCGGUGUCCUCAGCUAUCAGACUUUAGUGGAGGAGAAAGCAUCCAAAGAAGUCUAUGAAAGCACACACACCCUUCUGCGGGAAAUCCUAAAUGAAAAGAGUUUUGACCUUGAUGCUGGACUUUCUUUCAAAUUCAAAACAACUGAGAUGUCUAUGUCCAAUUCUUCGCUAAAUCUUAAUGUAGACUUUAAGUAUGGAAGGACAGCCAUGAUCAAAGAGGUCUCUGAGAACACCAAAAUCAAGAACAACUCCUUUAUACGGGUGAAGGGCAAAGUACAGCUGAGCACCUACAGGAUGCGUUCUCGUGACCUCAGAGUAGCAGAUGAGUUCCUGGAGCAUGUCAAAUCUUUACCUUUGCAGUACGAGAAGGGUAUUUAUUUUGCCUUCCUGGAAGACUACGGAACCCAUUACACUAAAAAUGGGAAGUCAGGCGGCGAAUAUGAAUUGAUCUAUGUCCUCAACCACGAUGCCAUUUUGCAGAGAAAUUUGACAGAGAGAGACGUUCAAGAAUGUGUCACAGUAGGCAUUGGAGCAGAAUUAAAUAUUCUGACUUUCGUGAAUAUGACGGAUAUUGGUGGGCGCGUUAAGCCUAAACACUGUACAAAUAACAAAGAUAGCAAGGAAGAGAAGAGUCAAGGAAAAGCACUGGUGGAUGACGUGAUGACAUCAGUCAAAGGAGGGACUCUGGAAAGUGCUGUUUCUAUGAGGGCUAAAUUAAAUAAGGAUGGAGUGAUGGAUGUUGCUACAUAUCAGCAAUGGGCCCGGACCAUCGCAGAUGCCCCUGCACUGCUCCACAGUGACCCAGAGCCCAUCUACAUGUUAAUUCCACUGGAAAUCCCAGAUGCUAACUCCAGGAUAUCAAACUUGAAGCAGGCUAUAGCAGACUAUGUGGCAGAAUAUAAUGUUUGUAAGUGCAAGCCCUGUCAAAAUGGAGCCAGUCUUGUUCUGAUAGAUGGGAAGUGUAUGUGUCUGUGCCCUGAGCUGUUUGAAGGCAUCGCCUGCCAGGAUUUCAAGGGUGAUAAACGUAAAAUCACAAGUUCAAGACCAACUGUUACGCAGGAAGGUAACUGGUCAUGCUGGUCUGCCUGGUCCGCCUGCAGAGGAGGGAAACGCACCAGGUCACGUAGCUGCAACACAGAUGGCCUCUCUGGUGCUUUGUGCAGAGGAGACACAAACAGUGAAGAAUACUGCUAACAGCAAAAGAACCAAUUUACAGAAUUUCUUUCUCUUUCCACUUCACAAACGAGAUUUAAAUGCAUAUUCUGGACAUGAGGAGGUGUAAAAAAUGUAUUUGGACCUAAAUUAAACAUUUAGGUUCAAGUGGGCUUUGUCUGUGCAUCUUUCAACUUUAGUUCACUCAGAUACUGUUGGCUGAAAUAUGUAUUAAUGGGCUAAUAACUCAUUUUUAAAAGUAUGUGGCCACAUUCCAUCUGGCUGCACUGUGCAAAUAAGAACCAGAUGAGUAGAAGACGUCUGGGUGGAAAGAGAACUGACAAUUGAGGAGAAAUAGAAACAGCCAGUGGACAGAAACUGUAGAUUUGGAGGUGUUAGACCUACAAUAAACACAACAUACGGGAUGACAUAUGUCCAUUCUGCUUUGUUUAUAUGCAUUUUACAGUCCCCAAAAUAUGUUUCAUGCAUGU